AUGGAGCAAGGCUAUGGAGCUGCAAGCUAUGACGAAAAUCCUGAUGGAAAAUACAGUCUGCAAUUCAGUCAACAAAGUGUUCGAGCUGGAUUUGUGCGAAAAGUUUUCAUGUUGGUCACUUUGAUGUUCACAUUUGUUGCUGGACUUUGUGUGAUUCCAAUUGCCUCACCGGCUUUUAGACAAUGGGUUUUUCAAAAUUUUUGGAUUUAUAUAAUUGCAAUGUAAGACACUUUCGAGAUUGUUAUUCAUUAACUUGUAAACUUUUCAGCGUUGUAUUUUUGGUCGUCUCGAUUGCCUUAUCAUGUUGUUCUGGACUUCGCAGAACUUUUCCAACAAAUAUCAUUCUUCUUACUGUAUUUGUAAGUUCUUAUUUUUCUUUCAUCUCAAAAUCAAAAUUGUUCUAAUUUUUUAGACAAUCGCAGCUGGAGUUAUGACAAUGUUUGUAACUGCCUGUUAUAAUGUUCAAUCAGUUUUGAUAACUCUUUUGAUCACAACAGUUUGUAGUGCAAGUGUUAUUAUUUUCUCGAUCAAAACAAAAUAUGAUUUGACGAGUAAAAUCGGAGUUGCGUUUAUGUUGAGCAUGGUUCUUUUUACAUUUGGUCUUUUCGCACUAAUCUUCACUCUGGCAUUCAAAUGGGCAUUUUUAUAUUCGGUUUAUUCCGGUCUUGCUGCUCUUUUAAUGAUGUUUUAUUUGGCAAUCGAUAUUCAAAUGUUGAUGGGAGGACAUAAAUAUGAAUUAUCACCAGAGGAUUAUAUUUUUGCCGCCAUGCAAAUCUUCUUGGAUAUUUUGAACAUUUUCCUAAUGUUGCUCAAUAUUAUCGGAAGAUCUAAUUAA